AUGACCGGCCGUGCCAGGGGUGAAGUCGGAUCUAGGCACUGGUCUGCGGCGUAUUUCAACGAGCAGGCUGCGGCUCGCAAGACGCAAGGAUGGGGGUCUCUCCUCCGCCCCUCUGCGCUCGCAGCGUACGUCGCUAUUGCUGGAAGAAUCGUUGCGGGCCCGAUCGCACUGUUGCUGCUGUUUGCUGCUACCGGGUAUUUGUCGGACGCCGCGGUCUUCAUCAAGGCUGACGAGAGCAUCUUCGCGUUUACGGAGCGAGAUCCGUCCAUGGCUGGAGGCUGCACGGGGUGCCUUGGUCCGUGCAAGAUCGUCAUGCUCAAGUACAAGCUGAUCGAGGAUGUAGCCAUCACCUCCGCGCCGCCGUUCUUCACCUUCACAUCAUUAGCCCCAAACGUGUCGCUGUACGACUUCAGCUCUCUCAAGCAGCAAGAACGAGUGGGGGACGUCACAAUCGUCGUCACGGGGACUGCACAGGAACUCUACAACAUUAUCAAGAUAGCGAAGCUCAACCUCUCCCCACAAAUGAUGCGGGAGCUGGAGCUAGCCAUUGAACACGCCGACGAGUGCGUCACCGGGUGGACUAUGAUGUCCGUUGUGAGACUCUUCCAGUACCCUACAACAGAGGGCAGCACGGAUUUCGGUCAGGUUCCAGCCGUGGACACUCACGUCUUCCCCGACUACCCAGAAUGCCGUCCUGUGGUUGAAAUUACCGAUGAUCUUGUGGGCUCAAAGCUGGCGCUUGACACGAAUGGUCGAGAUCUAUUGGAAGUGGUUCCGGAUGAAUUGACGCUGUUCCCGUACAGCUUCACUAGCAGCCUGCCUCAUAUCGCACGAUCAGUUCCAGCGGAUAAAACGAAAACGAAGAAUGGAGCGUCGAGUGUGGUGCAGACUUACCUUCGAGCUUACUAUGGUGGCUGUCGUGUGCGAGCAGUGAACACGACCGGCGUCUACAUUGAAGAUACGUGCGAGAUCUCCAAGCACUGGGUCAGCUACGGACUGAUGGUGCAUUCCCCCGACGAUGUUCCUCUCUGCAGCGCUGCAGUCGUCUGCAUUCACAACUUUUUCAAUUCUUUGUGGGAAUGGGAGCACUACAUCGACCCCAACGUAGCCAACCGCGUGGGCAUGAACCUCAACACGUUCCGCAGUCGAUACGCGGAUACUGUUGCUAUCAGCUUGCUACCUGGCGCAGUGGUCAUGCAGAUCCUCCUCAUGGGUAUCAUCAGUCUGUACCAGACGAUGUCGCACAAGCGGUCCGUGUUGUUAACUCAGAUCUGGGCGUAUCGAUGCCAGAAUGGACGCAUGUAA